AUGGCAGACAUCAAGCCCCCUUUCACCGAGGAAGCUGCUCGUAAGAAGGUCAAGGCAGCCCAGGACAUGUGGAACUCCCAAGAUCCUCCUCGAAUCGCCCAGGCAUAUACACCAACCAGUAUCUGGCGGAAUCGGGAUUCGUUCUUCUCUGGCACCGAAGCUAUCACGAAGUUUCUCACAGCCAAGUGGGAGCGCGAGCGAAAUUACAAGCUACGUAAGGAGCUGUUCGCUUUCACGGACAAUCGAAUCGCUGUCCAGUUUUGGUAUGAAUACCAAGACGCGCACGAUAGCAUGCGCUGGAAGCGUUGCUACGGACUGGAAGAUUGGACGUUCGACCGGGAGACAGGUAAGAUGCGGAAGCGCAUGAUGAGUGGCAACGAUAUUGUUCUGGGCCCCGAUGGUAACGGCGAAGGGCGCUGGUUUGUGGAUGGAGUGGAUGUGAAUGAGGUGCCUAUCACUGAGCAGCACUGGUAA